AUGGCUUGCGUGUCGGACAUUGGGGUGACGAGUUUUGGUACAUGCGAAUACCCGACUACUCAUGCAAAUAUACUGGGAUACAAAGCAGCAAUUCUUGCACUAGUAGCCCAGGUUAUUAUAAGUACUGUUACUCGUUGUGCCUGCUGCCAGAGGUCUUCGUCAAACAAUAUCUCUGCUGGAGCUACCCUUAAUUUUGUACUUUCCUGGGUUGCAUCAGUUAUAGGCAUCGGACUCCUGAUAGCAGCUGCUAACCUGAGCAGUCGUCAAGAGUUUCUGGAUGGAUCAGGGCUUUGCUACACAGUUAAACCCCGCGUAUUUGCCGCCGGUGGCUGUUUGGCGCUUCUAGCCUCUAUCUUGGGCUUAUGGUCGUAUAAUUCCUCGACCAAACAAAUCCCCCAAAAUCCAGGCGUAGCGGCUCCAUAUCAAAGUCAAGGAGGGAUUGCCAUGGGAAAUCCUCUGUUUGCUACUCCUCCUGAAAAUACUUGCCCCAAGCAACAACAAUAUCAAUAUGUUUGA